AUGGCCGGAACGAGGAAUGAUGAUGGCGCCUCCGGCGAGAGCGGUCUGGUGGUGAGCUUCGGGGAGAUGCUCAUUGACUUUGUGCCUACGGUCUCCGGCGUCUCUCUGGCCGAGGCGCCGGGGUUUCUGAAGGCCCCCGGCGGCGCUCCGGCGAACGUGGCGAUCGCUGUGUCCCGGCUGGGCGGAAGAGCGGCCUUCGUCGGCAAGCUCGGCGACGACGAGUUCGGCCACAUGUUGGCGAACAUACUGCGGGAAAAUGGCGUCGUCGAUGGCGGGAUCUGCUUCGACACGGGGGCCCGCACCGCCCUCGCCUUCGUCACCCUACGAGCGGACGGAGAGCGGGAGUUCAUGUUCUACCGCAACCCCAGCGCCGACAUGCUCCUCACCGAAGCUGAGCUCAACCUCGAUCUCAUCCGAAGUGUGCGUAACACAGAUCCGAUCCCCUUCUCUCUCUCUCUCUCCCUCUCUCUCUCGCUUUCUCUCGCUCGCUCGCUCGUUCUCCUCUGGCUCGAAAACUCCCCCGUAGAACAUCAGACGACGACUCCGAGUAUUCCUGAUUGUCCGUUUCCAGUAAUUUCUCUACUUUUUUCAUCUUCAUCUUCAUCUUGCUGCUGCGGUGAAAGACGGAUGAGCGUGAUCUUCAGAUCCAGAAAAGCAACGAGUAACUAAGUCUGCGUAUAGAUCUGUUUCUCAGUCCUUUUAGCCAUCUCCGCAUCUCGAGCAUCUCCCUUCCUUCUCCCCCCCUUCCAAUCGAAGUGCUGCUCUCCGGCUUUUUCCGAUGGAUGGGAAUGAACGUGGAAAAGUCAGCGAAAGGGUAACGGUAGAUUCCUGCUAAAACUGGUGUGCGCCCUCCGCACCAUGAUUUCGCUCCUCCCAGCUCUGCUUUACUGUAAUUAGUAGGAUUCUAACGCCUGUGGGGACCGUAUCCCGGCGCCUCAUCCGCCGGUGACCAUUGCCGGCGGCGGCUUCUACCUUCCUCCGCCGGCGACGAAGAAUCCGAUCUUGUUCCUUCUCCUUCGAUUUACUCGACCUGUCUGAGUUACCUACUGGAUCAAUCUGCAGGCGAAGAUCUUCCACUAUGGCUCCAUAAGCUUGAUCACGGAGCCCUGCAGAUCGGCGCAUCUCAGGGCGAUGGAGGUGGCGAGGGAAGGCGGCGCGCUGCUCUCCUACGACCCAAAUCUCCGGCUGGCGCUGUGGCCGUCGGCGGAGGAGGCGCGGAAGCAGAUCAUGAGUAUAUGGAACCAGGCGGAUAUCAUCAAGGUCAGCGACGUCGAGCUCGAGUUCCUCACCGGCAAGGACUCCGUCGAGGACGAGGUGGCGCUCUCCCUGUGGCACCCCGCGUUGUCCCUCCUCCUCGUCACCCUCGGCGAGAAGGGCUGCAAGUACUACACCAAGGUGCUCACCAUGAUAUCUCUCUCUCUCUCUCUCUCUCUCUCUCUCUCUCUCUCAUCUCGACCUGCAAAUUCUCAACUCUCUCUCUUCUCUCUUCUUUCUCUAACAGGAUUUCAAGGGGAGUGUCGAGGGCAUCCCCGUGAAGACCAUCGACACCACCGGCGCUGGCGACGCGUUCAUCGGCUCGGUGGUCCGCAAGAUCGCCGACGACCAAUCGACGCUGCAGGUGAUCUCUCAUUCUGAGCAGUCCAAGCGCCGCUUCCGUUUCGCAGGGAUCUGAUCUUCUUCCGCACGCAGGACGAGGCGAAGCUCAGGGAGGUGCUGAGAUUCGCAAAUGCCUGCGGAGCGAUCACCACCACCAAGAAAGGGGCGAUCCCCGCUCUGCCCACCGUAGCGGAAGCUCUGCAAAUCCUGAGGGAAUGA